CAACCCUUUGGACUCACCCCAGCCAAGCCCCUUUCAUAUCAGUUAGUCCUUUUGGUGGUGUCCCCCUACCCCGUCAGGGGGACUUCCUGGAUCAGGGAGGGAAACUUUGGGCCUGGGGGUGAUACCCGGACCUCUAGAGUUUCGCAGAAGGGCACACCCCUUCCCCAGAUCUGACCCCCCUUUCGGUCAGCCUCCUCUUUGCUAGGUUCCAGGCUCUCAUGCAGCAUUUCUCUAUUCUGAACGGCUGAGCUGUCUCAUCUGUGGUUUUGCUAUUGAGAGGAAAAGCUUUAAGCUAAACGUGUGUGUGUAUCGGGGGGGGGGGGGUCUAUUUUGACUCCACUCCCUUUGCCUUCUCCAGAAUUGAAUGUGGCCUCAUGCUGAAAAAUGCUGCCCUCUGGUGGCAAAUGUCCUUCCUGCCCCACCUGCCCCACCUGCAAAAAAAAAACAAACCCCUAUACAAAGCUAAGCAGUCCUCUGUAGUCCUUUCUGCAGUGCGAAGUGGCUGCACCCAGUGCUGGAAUGUGGACUCCUGACAGUUUGAUGGAGACGAGGACUGGCAGCAGGAAAAAGCUCAGAUCCGCAGGUGGCAUCUGCUUGGGUUGUGCUCCAGGGUGGCUUCCCCAGCUGAGGGGGUCCGUUUUCAGGUGCUGGAGUGAGCCAGGUCAAUUUGCCGGAAAGUCACCAGGCCCUGUGGGCAUCUGCCUCUGCCAGCUAGCAUCACCGGGCCCCCACCAGCUAGCCUUGGAUCCCGGAGAAGCUUUCCUUCAGCCCCCACCUCACUCCAGUGUUGCGGCCUGACCUCGUAGGAUCGUGGCGAUGAAAGGCCUUGGAGGCUGUCUCAUUCCACUGGCUGCUGUGUGCAAGAAGACCAGAGCUCACACCACCUGCGCUGGUGGCUGGCCAGCAUCUGCCUGAAGUCCGCCGGCGAGGCAGAGCCCUCCUGCCCGCCCACUCGAUCGUUGGGCUCCUUCGCUGAACUGCUUCUCCCACCAAGAAUGCUCUCCUUCCAUUCAACUGCAGUCUCCCCUCCUGUAACAUAAGCCCUGAGAUCUGGUCUGCUUGCUGGUGCAGUGUGAGAGCCAGCCUUUGCAGCUUCAUGAGACGCCCCUUCAGGGAUUCGAAGCACAGGGUACGCGAAGGAACAAAGGAACAGGCGGCUGCCGGGAAAUGGCUGUGUUAGCCGUGGCACCUGAGCUGCGCUGUCUACUGAAGCCCCCCUCACCUUGUCUUCAGGUGCUGUCUAAAGCAGCUUUCCUGAACCGCAGGAGAGAAGUCGCAGCUCAGUGUUAGAACUUGCAAGAGCAAACAGUAAACAGAGAGAGGAAGGAGAGAGAAGCCCCCUUCCCUUUUCUCGGCAUGUUCACUGUACUGUGCGUGACUGGAACAGAAUAGCCCAGGAUGGUGACGCAUAGGGAGACAAACUGAGCAUCUUCUCCUGUACUGGAAAGUGAUCCAGUGGCAUAAUGUGAAGAAAAGCUUGCGAUCCCUCCGACUGAUAUGCCGAAAGUAUCUGGAGAAGUGAUCCGGUUCUUGGAUGUGUACAACCGCAGCAGCUGCCAGCCCAAGGAAACCAUGGUGCCCGUGACCACCGAGCACCCACACCUGGUCAGCCACCUGGCCGUGCCGUCGUGCGUGCUCCUGAGGCGUUGCGCUGGCUGCUGUUCGGACGACACGCUGGAAUGUGUGCCCACCCAGACCCAGAAGCGGAUCAUGGAGAUGAUGCUCAUUCAGUUUUCGGAGAACCACCUACAACAAUUGACUUUUGAGGAGCACACACAGUGCGCGUGCAGAUCAAAGACAACAGUUUUGAAAUCUAAUAUGAUCAGCCGUUCCUGUGCUCCUUGUCGGAACAAGAAAAAGCAGCUUGACCUACAAACGUGCAAAUGCGUGUGCCGGCGUGACUCUGGACAUUGUGCGGCCCGUGGUCUGGUCUUCAGUGAAGCCACCUGCAGAUGCAUGAAGCGGCCCGGGCGAUUGUCCCACAGGAGAGCAAGACUGGCGCGGUAGCUGAAUUGGAACCCUGGAUGGAAAGGACGCUGAUUUCAGGCUCCUCUUCAGCUGGUGACAGGCUCACUCAGCUGGAAACGGAAUGGGCAAUGUGUCCAGGAGGCUCCCGCUGGCUGUCAGGGAAGCAGGAAUGCGUGACAUAACACCCUUGAUCCGGGCCAGGCUGGACUUCCUCUCUUCACAGUGUGCCGAGGCUGCAUCUGGCAGAACUGCGCCACACUCCUGUGGGCGAUGGGAAGGCCCCCCCCCCCCCAGCCUUGAGGCGUUGAGAAAAGUGCUGCCCAUAUUUAAGCCCCUCGGAGGGGCCUGUACUCCUCUCCCCUGCCUCCAUUAAUUUAAUGGCCUCUCUCCACUGAGGGAUGCCAGCCUCAUUUUCACACCCACCAGUAACUCGGGGUGGAGGUCUUCUGCGUUGUUUUCAAACUCAUUUCCUUCCUCCAUUUGCAUUGGUGGUGGUGGUACUAACACUUCAGGAUCCCUCCCCCUUCCAAGUGGAAGGAGAUACUGAAAUAGCACUUUUCUAAACUUUGGGAAUGGCGAGAAUGUUCUUCCUGCUUGUAAUUCUUCCUGUCUUGCAGUUCCUAUAAGAGACAUUCCUACUGACAUUCAUAACCAUAAAGUUGUGCUUCUUAAGGCUCA